AUGGUGGCAUCGGCUCCAUCCAGCGCUCAGGUCCCAGCAGAGGAGCAGUGGGUGUUGAACCUUGACUACGAAGGGUUCCGCCGAGAAGUGGCAGACUUGGGCAAGGAGCUGGAGCAGAACCAGGGAGCUGAAGACGUUGCUCACUUGAAGAAGAUCUGCCUGUGGUCGGACAUCUGCGCGGUUGUCGGGCUGGCGACCAUGUGGUUGCCGCUCAACCCGAUCUCGGUGAUCGCGCUUUCCCUCUGGAAGUUUUCGCGCUGGACGACCAUCGCUCACCACACCGGACACGGAGGAUACAACAGGGCGGACGAGACCAAGUUCUUCAACUCCCGCGGGUUCGCGACUGGCUCGCUCUUUAAGCGAGUGACACAGUGGUUUGACUGGAUGCUGCCCGAGGCGUGGAACAUCGAGCACAACAACCUCCACCACUACCGUCUCGGAGAGCGAGACGACCCCGACCUCGUGGAGAGGAACAUGCACUUCAUCAGGGAGCUUAAGGUGCCUUCAGCGCUCAAGUACAUGGUCGUUGGUUUCUUGAUGUGCACCUGGAAGUGGUUCUACUACGCCCCCAACACUUACAAGGAGCUCAAGAUCGCCGAGAUGCGCAAGGCAGGCAAGGCGAUCACCUCCGACAUGAAGGCAACUGACGCGUACACGCUCAAGUCGUACCUGGACCCUGCCUUUGGGGUUGAAACCUUCCAGUGGUACUCGUUCAUGGACCUGUUCAAGAACGUCAUCGGCCCCUACCUCAUCCUCCACUUCUUUGUUAUGCCUCUCCCCUGCCUCCUCAUCAGCCAGCAAGCGUACGUGAACGCUCUCAUCAGCCUCGCCUUGGCGGAUGUGCUCACCAACAUCCACUCGUUCAUCGUGAUCGCUACCAACCAUGCGGGCAGCGACCUGUACAAGUUUGAUGACGGAUGCAAGCCCAACUCCGCGACCUUCUUCAUGCGCCAGGUCGUGUCCUCGACCAACUUCAAGACCGGAAGCGACUUCAACGACUUCAUGCACGGGUGGUUGAACUACCAGAUCGAGCAUCACGUAUGGCCGAACCUCAGCGCUCUGAGCUACCAGCGAGGACAAGCCAGGCUCAAGGCCAUCUGCGACAAGUACGGGGUCCCCUACGUGCAGGAGAGCGUCUGGAUCCGCCUCAGGAAGACAGUUGACAUCAUGGUCGGCAAGGCGAACCAGCGCCAGUUCCCUUCCUCCCUCGAGCGCCAGUCGGACCUCAAGGUGUGGAGCAACGAGGACAUCGCGGAGAACAGCGCGAAACUCGGACAAGAUGUCAAAUUGAAGCCUGCUGUUUAA